AUGAGUGACAGUGAAAGUAAAAGUGAUAAGACGGCGCGUAAGCCAGGUGCGGCCGCGAGCGGUACAGCGUACACGGCGGUUCAACAACCACCCGCCAUGUUGGCAGAAUUAGCGAGUGAGCAGGCGGGUGCAGUGCGGGGCGGAGCGAGCGCGGAAUCGACACGGGGAGGUACAAGCGCACCGCUCGCCGACGUCGAGCAAGUUCGCGUGCGCCCUCACCGCCGCGCGCCGACGCCGACGCCGACCACAUCUCGCGCCGUUGCAACAGACGAGAUAAGUGAUUGCGAGGAACUGAUAAUACAGGGAGUGGAGAUUUUGUCGGUCGACAGCAAGGGGUGGUUCGAGAGUGUGGCGGUGAACGGAGUUCCUGUGACGUUUAAGCUGGACAGUGGUGCGGACGCCUGCGUCAUGUCGCGCGACAGCUUCAGGGCGGCAGGCUACAGUGAGGACAUUUUGAGCAAUGCUGGUACGAUAUUGCGUGAGGGGAUUGGUCGUUUACCGGGUGUACACAAAUUAACUGUGGACGAGUCAGUUCCUCCGGUCGUAAGAUCAUCAAGGAAAAUACCUAUUAAAUUAAGGCCACGAUUGCGAGAGGAGCUGGACCGUCUACACGAGCUAGGCAUUAUAGAGCCAGUGGAUGAACCUACCGACUGGGUGUCGAGUAUUGUUCUUGUUGAGAAACCGGAUGGCAAGUUGCGAUUGUGUAUAGAUCCUCAAAAUUUGAAUAAGGCAAUCAAACGUAGUCACUUUCAACUUCCCACACUAGACGAGGUUACAGCAAAUCUGUCGGGCGCUAAAUAUUUUUCACAUUUAGAUGCUAACAAGGGUUUUUACAUGAUCGUUCUUGAUGAUUAUAGUUCAAAACUGUGCACUUUUGCCACACCAUUUGGGAGAUGGAAAUUUUUACGUUUACCUUUUGGCAUCUGUUCCGCAUCGGAGGUAUUCCAUAAUGCAAUGGUUAAGAUAUUUUCUAUGGAGGGAGUGGAAUGCUUCAUCGACGAUUUGCUCGUGUACGGGAGAACAAAAGAAGAGCAUGAUUCGAGGUUGGAGGCCGUGCUACAGCGCGCGUUGGACAACGGAGUGAGGUUUAAUAAAGAAAAAUGUGUUUUGGGCGUAGAAGAAGUGAAAUAUCUAGGUCACGUGUUUGACUCUAAGGGCAUGCGCCCCGACGGCGACCGAGUGAAGGCUAUCAGGGACAUGCCUCCUCCCAGUUGCAGGAAGGAUUUGGAGAGGUUCCUCGGGAUGACGAAUUACGUGUCGAGAUUCUUGCCAAACUAUGCUGAACUGGUAGAACCAUUGAGAGGACUGCUAAAGAGAGACAGCGAAUUUCAGUGGUAUGAAAUUCAUACCAGCGCAUUUGAAAGAGUAAAAAAAUGUUUAAUGGAGGCGCCGACGCUACGAUAUUAUGACCCCGGGGAGGCGGUGGUGGUGUCAGUAGAUGCUAGUUCGCGGGGGCUGGGCGCGUGCUUGCUGCAGAGUGGGCGGCCGGUCGCCUUUGCCGCCCGCACGCUCACGCCUGCCGAAACGCGUUGGGCACAGAUUGAAAAAGAAUUGUUGGCGAUUCUGUUUGGCUGCCAGAAAUUCCAUCAAUUUAUUUAUGGCCAUAAAAGUGUAUUAGUGGAAAGCGAUCAUAAACCUUUAGAGGCUAUAUUCAGAAAGGCACUCAAUGAUACGCCUGUACGACUACAGAGAAUGUUACUGAGACUACAAAAGUACUCUAUAGAGAUAAAAUACGUUCCCGGGAGACUAAUGUAUGUCGCCGACACGCUGUCGCGCGCCCCGACCGACGACGCAUGCGACGAGCAAACUGGAAGUGACAUUGAUGUUCACGUAAACGCCCUGUACGACAGCGUUAACUUUAGUUCUGACAAACUGAAGAAAAUCAAAGAGGAAACGGAUAAAGAACCAGGGCUCGGGAACGUUAGGCAAUAUUGCCUGAAAGGCUGGCCACAUACCAAAAAUAUCCUAGAAAGUGAGGCUAAGCCUUACUGGGGUAUAAAGGAGGAGCUUCAUGUAAUAAAAGGUAUAGUUUUCCGAGGCAAUCGCGUUGUAAUACCCACUAGCCUUAGGAAAGAAAUGCUGCAUAGAAUUCACGAGGGGCACCUAGGUAUUGAAAAAUGCAAGUACCGAGCACGAGACGUGAUGUGGUGGCCAGGCAUGUCGGCGCAGGUGGAGGCGCUAGUAGCGGCAUGCGCGACGUGCGCCGAGCGCCGCGCCGCACAACCGCGCGAGCCGAUGCGCUCUCAUCAAGUACCUGGGAAACCCUGGGAAGUGCUAGCGACUGAUCUAUUUGAAUUUAGAAACAAACAUUACAUCUUAGUAGUUGAUUAUUAUUCCAAAUAUGUCGAAGUUGUUUCUUUAUCUGACAUUCGUAGUGAAACCAUAAUUAUCCAACUCAAGUCCAUUUUUGCCCGCCACGGUAUUCCCAAGAAACUCGUAUCGGACAAUGGCCGACAGUUUACCUCGGCAGUGUUCCAAUCUUUUGUAGAAAAAUGGGAAUUCGAACACGUCACGAGUUCACCUUACUAUUCUCGAUCCAACGGUCUUGCAGAGAGAAAUGUCCAAACGGUGAAAAAGUUGAUGGAAAAGGCGCAGAGUGAUGGCACGGAUCCAUAUUUGGCGCUUUUAAACUUCCGCAAUACUCCGGUCUCCGGCGAGUCAUACUCCCCGGCACAACUUCUUAUGGCGCGGAGGCUCAAUACCAGAUUGCCUGUCUCAGAACAAUUACUUGCGCCAAAGUACGAAUGCGGGAAUCAAACGCUGGCCGUCAAACACGAUGGAUGCCAGCACGAGUCGAAGGUCAAGCGGCUCAACCACGUUCCUACUGGCUACGCGCGCCGGAUGGCUCACGAUACCGCAGAAACAGACAACACAUUUUAUCACAACCACAAUAUGAUCAAAAGACUUUCGAAAACACGCAUCACUGAUGUUGGAGGUAAGAUCGCCAAGCUGAAAUGGGACUGGGUCGGCCAUGUCUGCCGCAUGCACCCACAGAGAUGGGCAAAAUAG